AUGUCAACAGACCAGAAUGUCCUUAUUCCCGUCAAGCUUGACGCUUUUAUUCUCAACGAUCCUGUCUGUGACGGUGGUCCUUUGAAAGCCAAGAUCGCACCCAUCACACAACCAAACUACACAUUUCUCCGUCUUGACACCUCUUAUCUCCAACCCGACAUUAGCUACAAUGUCGACCUACAUAGCGUCUCUGGCGCUGAUGUGAACUCCCGCAUCACCGACCUCGGAACUGGAAAAAGACGUGAAAACAGACGCGGUGUCUACCUCCAUUGGACUAUUCCACGCAUCUAUCGAAGUGGUGUGGCUGAUGCAGAGGAAGAAAAUGCGGCAUCUGAAGGGUUGCCGAACUUCCCUGAAGCACCCUCACGAUGGCUGGUCGUAAGACAAAUUGAGGACAUGAACAAGGUUGAGCCCGCAGCUGCUAGAUCUGUCUUAGAGCCAUUGACGGCUUGGGUUGUCGAGAGCGAUCGAUGCAGAACAAUCGAUGGACUCAGAAACAGCAGAGGAGAGCACAAGGAUCCUAUCAACAUCUUGCCUGAUGACACAGACUUGCAAGUAGAUGUUUCUCCCUUUGUGGACGCAAGUUCAAAGAACGUCGAGGGGAGCGUCCUCGAGAAGCAGGCAGAAAUCUUCAUUGGCGAAAAGAUCCCGGCACCAGAGUGGACGGAAACAGCGAUAGAAGGACAAACAGAUCCUAAAAAGAGAGUCGACAUCCGGCUGAUGGGAUCUUCUAACGAGCUUUUUCCUGACUUCCAACCUCAUUGCUCCAACGUCUUUUCUAUUGUGGACAACUUCUAUUACGGAAAGGAAGACAAGACGAACAAACCACUGUACGCUACCACUGUCAAAGCGAGUUAUUCUGUUAUCGGAUGGAAUUCGAUGGCGGCAGACGACAUCGUCAAGUUGGGAGUGGCAGACAAGCAAACCAAGACGUACAAAACGCGACAGGGUCGGUUCCGAGAGCUGAAUCUGCAUAUCAAGGGUUUCCAAAAUGAAGCUGAUCCUAUGGCGUCAUAUCCCACUGAGAUCGUGGAUUGGUUCCGCAAAACGGACGGCAAAGAGGUCGUUACAAGAAGUAUUUGCCACGGGGCCAUGUACGGCGUAUCGUGGGAUCUCAAAACCGCCCCCAAGAACAUCCUUGCAGACAGAUUCGCCAAGGUAUUAGCAGAGACCCAACCAGUGGCCAUUGGUACGACGCCCAUGGAUGCCAUCAUGGCCUACGCCGGUGCUCACGAGGACAUCAAAGGAGGCACAACAGGCAAAAUCGAAGCAGCAUUGAAGCGUCUCGAAGCCAUUCUUCUCAGUCGCGACGAUGGCGUCGAAGCCCAUAUGCAGGCUGCUGACAUGAUGUACAACUGGAACUACUCUCGUUUUGACGGCGGAGAUUGCUACCAUGCUGCAGCGAGUGGUGAACAGACCAAGGCCAUACCAGGCCAGGAUCCGAAAGAAAGGAAGAAGGAGACUUUGAAGCUGUCGCCUGAGAAACAAGCUACUCUUUCGGAACUUAACAGACUGAGUCGUUUGAGAGAUGCAGCUAAGAGACGGCUGAAAGAGCAGCAGUGGAAUGCGUUUUCGCUCUGGUGGCUGGCUGUAACCAAGGCCAAGAAGAACGAAGAGACUCGACCCCAGGUGGAAAGAAUCGCCAAGAAUAUCACAGCGCUGCAGAAAUGCAUUGAUACAAGUCAGGAGAGCAUGAAGAAAUUGCUAUCUGGCAUCAAGGCAACAGACGCCCUUCCGCCAACACUACCAAUUGACCCUGACAAAAAUGAAGUCAACGACUUCGAACCUGGAGUUCUAGACCCAUACCAACAACAGCGUGAUCCAACACUCCUUGUUGGUGGAAUCCAGUCAGGUUGGGAAGUAGAUUACCUGCUCAAGUUACUGGUGCGUCUGGAUUGUCAAAUCCUCCCGCCCACGCAAGGCGACAGCCCUCUCUGGAAGGCCUUCUUUGACAACUUUGUGGAUCAAAAGAUGCCGGACUUCAUGCGAGGUACCGUCAAGGCACUUCUCCGCGAGUUUGUCACUCUGAAAACGCGCCGUGAGGAUACGGACGAUGGUCAUCCUCAGAAGCCCAGCAUGCUUCGGGAGCAGGGACUGAUGAACUCUGCCGACUUUAAGCCUUUUGGCGACGACUGGCACUUGUACAUUAAUUCGGAACCUGAACGUCCAGCUUUGAAAACCGAGAUUCCACUGUAUCAUGACAGACUUGGGCGAUCUUACGACAACGUCGGUAACAAAGAGGAUACUAAGACCCCCACUCCUGGAGUGUGGCGAGACUUGUGGAACGAUACCCAACCAUGGUUCCCUCUAUUUCUCGAGUGGGAGGUCGAGUAUUUCCACAUCAAACAUGAUGACUGGGAUCUCACAAAGUCAAAGUGGUGGGCGAAUGAAGGCGCAAAGCUUCAUUACAACAUCCGGGAAGGAACGGAUUUGGCUAAGGCUUAUGAAAAGACAAAAGAUAGACGUCCCUUCGCUGGUCGGGUUUUGAUCCUGCCCCAACCAGGUUUCACUCUGGAGACCAAGGUCACGCAGCUGCUUCAGGAUACAUUGCCAUCGGAGCUGGAUAAGAUUCUGGGCAAAGAGGAAAGGGAAUAUCUGGUCCAGAAUCUCAACCAACUCCAGUUCUUAUCAUCGCCUUUGUCUGGAUUUAACAGCCACCUCCAGACAGUCGACCAAGGAAACCACGUCAAGCCAUCACUACGCGAUCCUAGCAACGGAUCUAUCACGUUUUUGCCCGAAGCCAAUCGGGAACUUGCCGGUUUCAACGGUGAAGCAAUGAAGCUCAUGGGUCUCGAAACAGACGUCACCCCGUACGGUGCCAUGAAGAAGCCAAUCGAUGGAAUUGAGGGUCCUUCGUCGUUCAAGCCGGUUUCUCAUGGACAAUUCAAGCUCACAAAGGUCAACGUGAUUGACAAGUUUGGCCAGGCCAUUAAUCUGCUGGACCCAAAUCCAUUGAAAUAUGAGCCUAAGCCGGAAGAAAUACCUCGAGCUUGGCCGUGUCUGAGUGAUUGGUAUGCACCUGGGGCUAAGCUGUCGACCCCUGAUGGAGAUAAGAAGCCUGCCAACUUGGUUCCCAACACGGUUGAAGAGGCUCCUGUCUCCAGUGGUGAGAAACACGAGGCUCAGUGUGAAUUUGCACAGGUACCUCCUCAGAUCAAUCAACCAGCACGUCUGAAUGCCACGUGGGUUAUGCCCAGUGAACCCGCGAAGACCACGGCGUAUUCUUUAUUACCCCAUGAAUCUGGCAUCAUCGGCGAAGACAUCCCUACUAAUCCACCUCCAGCAUCGCCGCCUCCGUUUUGGAGAGCAGCCAGUGAAUGGGACUCCCCGAUCUGGGGUUGGGUAGUAGUCAACUAUGCAAACUACGGCCUCCAAUUCUUCCUACCUUCGGGGGCUUUCUAUCGCGAAGUGCGCACCGGUGGUCCCGAUGGCGCCAUGGAGUCUCCUGACUGGCUUCCCUUCACAAAACCAGACGAUCCUGAGAAACGCGGAGGGAACGAGGAUGGAGGUCCUAUGGCAAAACAACUUGCACGUCUCAUCGAGAAGAUUGCUUCCAACUCCGGCUAUCUCAAGGCGUUUAUCGCCAUGGUGAAUUCUGCGACUACGUCCACCGGCACAUCAGCGCCAAGUGCUUACUCGGAGUUCAAGAGUGCUCUGGUCGGCAAGCCUCUGGCUCUUGUAAACAUGGGCUUUUCUUUGGAGCUCUCACAGGCAUCGCAGACAUCUCAGCUUGUGAGAGACGGCAAACCGGAGAAGCAGUUGUAUAAAGAUACAGUCACCAAGAAGACGCCUGGGCCUGGUUGUGAGAAGAACGAUGUCUACGACAUGGAGUACUACCGCUUCCCUGUGCAACUGGGAGAUCUCGAGCGUGGUUUUGAUGGCCUAGUAUGCUAUUUCAAGCCAAAGUCGCCAACCGACCUCAAGAUUGGCGAUGCCCUGGAUCUUGACAUGAUGUACACUCAUUUCGGUCCGGAUGUGCCUUUCUUCCAAGCGGAACUUGCAAAAGCUACGCACCGAUCUGAGGCGCAUAUCACGGGAUCUGGGAAGAAAGGUGAUCCGUACAACUAUAUCACUACCAUCGGACGGGAUAACUAUCCCAAGUUGCCACCUCACUACAUCGAUCCGUUGUCUGACACUACAAAGGGCAUCAGUUUGAGUUCUCAAGACUACGAGGACUUAGCCAACGGACAACUGGCUGCCUUUGGAGCCAUCGUUGACCCCUUCUCUGCUGUUCACGCUUACUCAGGCGUGUUGCCCGUCAAGGAACUGCUUCUACCCGACUGGACAUGGCAAGGACCAAUUCAGCAGAUCUCUGCUUUCUUCCACGCAGGUCCAGUCCUGGUCACGUGGGAUGUUCCCAAGUUCGAUGCGGGGAACCAACUGACGCAGGGUAAGUUGAUCCCCAAAAUUGUGGACAAGAAGAAGGGCGAGCACGGAGUAGCUUUGCCGGGAGGGUCUCUGGGACAGUGGACUUGGCUGCAGCCUUACAUGGAGGACAAUCAAGGGAGUAAGCCCGGUGGGCCUUCAUUGCUUGGGGGCGGGGAAGAGGGGCCGGAAACUUUGGAAAAGUUCAUGCCGGUGGCGGUGGAUUUGGUAGACGACAUGGCUCACCUGGAGAGGGGUCCGUAUACGGCGUUGGAGGGGUAUCUUCAGAUGGCUUCUGGUGCGGUUCAGGAGCAGCACCAAGUCGCAACCAAAGAGCCCACCAAGUCUGAGCUCUUCCCAGCGACGAAAGAAGAGCGCCUACAAGAAGCACCGCCCAAACAAGAAGUGAAGCAAGAAACAAAGCAACCGUCAAAGUCACCAGUCAAGAAACAAGACAUCAUGUCUGUGCAAAAUGUGGCCUUCUCUGCCAUUCGGAAUCCUGCCAACCGGGAGCGCGUUUUUAUCUACCGCGUUGCACCCCAAGACUGCACCCUGAGCUACGAGCAACGGGCUAUUCACAAGGGCGUUUCUGCUCCACGAUGGAACAAGAACCCUGAUGCUAGUGAUGGCGUUCCUUCGACUCUCUUACGGGGAGAUUCCAAUGUUGUGACUUUGAUCUUUGACGAUGUGGUUCAUAUCUACGGCGUCAGCUCGUCUUCCAACCUCAUUAGCCUGCUAAGUCCUUUCGUCGAACCACUUGCGCCCAAAGCCGAAUGCUGGAAGGGCAAAUUGGCUGGGUGCACCUUCACGGAGCAUGAUGAAGAGCAGGCCUGGUUGGUAUACGAAACAAAAGACGGAGACGCCGAUGAUGCGGAGCCCCAGCUCAUGUACUGCGACGUUACCACCCCCGAGACCCCAGACAGUCCCUCCAACGCCAGCGACAUCCUAACGGGUACAUCUUUGAGCCUCGUCCAUGACAGUAUACGUUGCUGGGUCAUCUACCAGAACAAGAGUGGCCAGCUUGUCGCAUAUAACGAGAAAGACCAGAAGCCCAGCGUUAUCAGCGCAGACACAUCCCAUUUCGAGAAGAAAACACCCAUCGGAAGCUGCUUCAUCCCAGCCAAAGACAUUGACAGCUCUCAAGUCCCUGGUUUCAGAAGCGACUCCAUCGGUAGACUGAUUGUCUACUGGGUGCGCAUGUUCAACGGCAAGCCACGGCUGUAUCGUUCACAUGCUGAUCUCACUGAGAGAAGCUCCAGCGCCGACUUCAGUGAGCCUCGACAGGCCACCGAGAAUGGCGUCGCGGUUGAGCUACUGGCGCAGAUCAGUGUGAUUGCCAACCCGGAGACACAGAGCAACUACCUUUUUAUCACAAAACAUGGUGGUGACAACAUCUCGAGUGUUUCUGAUAGCUGGGCUACCAAGAACGAGUCGACUCAGGGACUUGACAUGGCCAAUUCGGAGCUGUUCAAGAGAUGGCAAGCCAGGAUCGUUGAAGAAGCGAUCAUGGGACGCCGCCCUGACAACGGCCACGGUGGGUACCCAGGUAGCCAGCUUCCUCACAACCACCACAACGGCCAUCACCAUCCCCAACUACUCCCCGGUUACUCCAACGGGUACACCAACGGUCGCAGGCUGACCGAAGAGGAGAUGAUGGACAAGGUAGGAGCAAAGAUGAUGGUGGAGGAGAUCUUGGAGGAUGAGAUCACGGGGAGAAGCGAGAGUGAAAGCCGAGACAUGCCUCUUGUUUGGCGGAACAAGGGCGAUGCGACAAAGCCACAGCUUCAUUCCGGUGUCUUUACUCGAACGGCUCGUUCCAAGUGGUCUGAGGCUGAGGUGCAGGUGUUGAUUCCUGCUGGAUCUACAAUUAUGGGUGACAUGACGAUUCGGCUCAAGGUGCGACCUACUGAUUAG